AAUCCCCUUAUCCAUGCAAGAAAUUCUCAACUGUGUAAAAAGGAGGGAUGGGGCCAGAGAUGAAGACAUCAAACAACAGAGAUUUGAAGCAUACCACACAAUUAGACUCUUUGACUAUGCUAAAGCAAGAGGUCUUACCCUGAGUAGUGAAUAUCCGUAUAUUCAUGACUGUAUUAGUUGUCGGCCGCCCCUUCAGGCAACGAGAAUUUUUGUCACUAGCUACGAUAGUCGAACCCUACUCCCUGACCAUGAACUCAAGGCUGACCAAGUGCAAAAGCAAAAACGAGAAGUUGAUGACAUAAUAAAAGGGUUUCCAGUUGUUGGUCUAAUGUCUUUAUAUUACCCCAACUUCAAGGAAUCUGGAGAAAUUGGCCAGGGAGUAUAUAAAGGAAAAUCUUCAAUCGACAGAUACAUUGGGGAACAUGCCGUGCUCCUAACUGGUUUUGACAAAGAAGAAGAUGGAACAGAGGUUUUUGAAUUCAAAAAUACAAGCGGUUUAGCUUUUGGUGCCCAAGGAUUCGGCAAACUCAAAAGAGAUCUCAUCUUUAGUAUAUCAUAUCCCAAAGGAGUGUUAAAAGUUGACAAAAUAGAUAAGGAUGGGAUAGGACACAAAUAUAUAAUGGUAAGAGGGUUGCAAAUUCAUGUUGCUGAGAUAGGGGCCGGAUCUAGUGUUGUGUUGUUCUGCUACGGGUUUCCCGAAAUGUGGUACUCAUGGCGUUACCAGAUGCUUGCGGUAGAUAAAUGCCCAUGCAAAGCAGCCCGAAAAGAAAGUUGCCUUCUUUUCUCCUAUCUGAACCAACCAACACCCCCCUCAGGGGAUAAUGAUAAUGGGGUGGGAGAAAGGAACAAGGCAUAUAUUUGGCAGGGAAAAUUGAGUAAUUUGUUUACUUAACGGAUGCUUGUCAUAAGAAUU